ACUUAAAGUGCCCCUAAUGCUUCAAACGUUUUUUCGCGAUAUCAAAUCUUGGCAUGAUUUCUAGUAUUUUGCCGAAAACAAAAAUGAAUUUCGUCAAAUCCUCCAAUUUUUAUGGCAGUUUAAAGUUGGUAAAAAGGCACUUUUUGUGGACCACUUCCGUGGCCACAAGGAGUCUGAAACGAGUGAAUUUUGUGACGUCAUCCGAGGUACUCGUGAAAACCACAUGCAAAUUCACUGUAGAUCAUAUACAUAUAUUGCGUUUGUUUGCUUUGGUAAAAAAGAUGGUCAAUAGUUGUGUAGCGGCCAAUUGCACGAAUAAAGCUUGCCUAAGUUCAGGUAUAAGUCUUCACACUAUUCCUUAUUACAACGAUGAUCGACCUGAAGCAAAGAGAAGACGGAAAAUCUGGGUUGACUUCGUGAAGGCAAAACGGGUCUUCGAGCCUUCGAAGGCUUCGACUUUAUGCUCAAUUCACUUUCUGCCUGAAGAUUACGAGCGAAGAUUCUCCAGUUUGCCUAAUCAAACGAAGCCAAAUCAUCCGAGGUUAAAGAGAGAUGAUCUUGGCAUUUGCGUAUACCCAAGUAUUCAUGCUGUAGCGACGAAACAUGCAAGCGAACCAGAUACGCAAAGUCCUAGGGAUAGACGCAUGGUGAGUUUAUUGAAUUUUUUGCACGAUUUUUUUCAAUUUUUCUGAGUUGUUUCCAACGUAUAUUGUAUAGCAUUUAAUUAUGUAAUUAUAUAUAGGAUAUAUAUUAUAUAUAUUAUAUAUAUGUUAUAGUCCAUUGUAUCUUUCAUAUAGUUCAUAAAAGCUAUCACAGAAGAAAGCACAUGCCAUGGGGAAGUCGAAGGUUCGAAGAUGGACGUCGUCACCAAGCGCACACCAAAGUCGACUGCACAGCGCAAGAAAAGGAAGCAAGAGUUAGGGCCCCAAGAGCUGGAGAUGCUUGGAGAAAGUCACCCUGACGAGCCAGUAAAUGUAAGGUCACCAGUCACUUACUAUUAUAAAUGCAAAUGCCAGGUUUAUAAUUAUACUAUAAAUUAUACUCAGCCUAUGGAAGCGUUUUAAUGUAAAUACACGCAGAUGCGCCCUACUUUGUUGUUUUACUCAGUCUAAUGCCAGACUAUUUUACUCAUCAGGGAGAGCAUGCUGCCACUCAAUGGAUUAAUUAGACUAUCUGCCCAUGCAACUUUGUUAUUACAUCUACCUAAUGCACUUAUCAAUGUUAAGCCGCAGAGGGGGGGGGGGUCGGGCAUAGGUGGGGCAUUUGAUUUUUUGAGCAAAUUUUCAAUCAAAUGCCCCACCGUCAGGCAAUAAAUAUUGGUCAAAUACCCCACCAUUUUGCAAUAAAUUGCAAUAAAUACUAUAUUAAUAAAAGUCAUUUGGUUCAAAUUGCCCCAACUUGGGACCAAAAUGCUAAUCAAAAUCCCCAGGGUGGUGAUGCAAUUGAUGAUCAAAUACCCCACAUAUGCCCAACCCCUCUGGGGAUUAACAUUGAUAGGUGCAUGAUGUCAGACAAUUUUAAUACUUGUCGGGGGAGAGUGCUGCCACCCAAUGGGUUAUUAAAAAUAUUGUUUUAUUACUUUAUACUCAUAGAUCCUCACAACUGAUACCGAUACACAGAUGCCAAACUUGAAUGCUGAUUUGGAAACAAUCUUUGAAAAAAACCGAAGACUGAAGAACCAAAUCAUUACCCUGCAAACAAUUGCACAAGAGAAGAAAAUUAAAAUGAAACAAAUGAAACGCAAAGGUAUUAAGCCCAUAUAUAAUACUGUAUAAUAUGGUGCAAUUUAAUCUACUGUAGGUUUAAUAUCAUACAAUGCAAUCGAAAAGGCUAUUACCUGUAUAUGAAGCAGCAUUCUAUUUUAAUACAUAUCUAGUAAACAAGCUUGAACGAUUAUUGGAACAAAAAUCAGUGUCUGAAAAAGAGAGUGAAAAGGAAGAAACUGAGAUGGAAGAAGUAACAGAGAGCGAAACUGAUGAUGAAGAAGCCAUGGAAGAUGAGAGUGAAACCAAAGACCCGGCUUACGAGGUGGAAGAAGCUGAGGUGGAUAGUGAGGCUGAAGAAGAAGAAAUAGAAGAAGAAAGUUUGGGGUAAGUAUUUUAUACUAUUGUGAUAAAAAUAUAGAUUUUACACAACAUUUACCACACUGAUUAGUACCAUUGUUUUAGCCACUCAAAGGAAAUUUGUUAUUCGUUUCUUUGCACCAUCAUGGCAGAAUAUAUAUACCAAAGUCAUGAUCUCAUGAUUUAGUACUUUUUUUACUUGUGAUAGGUUAUUGCAAGUCGACGGCAAUCUGCGAACAGAACCAAAACACAUUGUGUUUUUGUCACAGCUUCUGUUGCUUUUCAACUUUUGCCAUUGUUGCAAGACUGACAAUCCAUUAGUUGAGGCAAAAGGUGUUGGAACUGAAGCAGUUGUCACCACUACAUGCAACAACCCAAAGUGCCCACAGAAGACUACAAUUUGGCAUAGCCAACCUAGAAUGCCUGGACGUAAAACACCUGCUGGUAAUUUCCUUUUGUGUAUGGCAGUUUUACUCGGUGGUGGCUCUUACACUAAAUUACGGCAAAUAUUUCUGCACAUGGGUCUUGGAUGUAUUUCACAUAAUACAUACUUCCAUUAUCAGAGAGUAAGUACAGUAUAUGCUAAACAGACUUAUUUAUUUAUCUAAUACAUUAUGGUUGCACUUUUCACUCAACCCUUUUCAGUGAACAGUUUGACAGUAUUGGAAAAUUGCUUGAAAUUUGCCCUCAUCAUGAGAGUCUUGGUUUAAAAUAUAUCUGAAGUAAUGUAAAUUAUGUUUUAGACUGUGUUAUUUCCAACCAUCUAUCUACACUGGAAGAAGUACCAGGCAAUGUUGAUGGAGAAGGCUAAACAAGUGAAAGAUGGUGUAGUGAUAGCAGGGGAUGGUCGCCAUGACAGCAUGGGACAUUCGGCCAAGUUUUGUGCAUAUACAAUUUUUUGUUGUACGUUUGCACAAAUCAUACAUUUCAAUCUUGUACAGGUAGGAAUUAUUUUGCAGGCUGCUUAUUAGAAUCUGCAUCAUGCAAUCGGAAAAUGAUGAUAUAUAAAGUUCUUACACUCACCAGUGAAUUGAUCAAUGUACUUAUUGCAGCUCUGUUUUUCACUUUUUCUCCAUUGUAGAGAAAUCAGGCAGGAAGUAGUCCAGCGAUGGAGUUCAUGUCUUUCAAGUUAUGCAUGGAUUACAUGAUUGCAUAUGGCCUUACCAUAACAACAUUUAUAUCAGACAGGCACACUUCCAUUGCAAAACACAUGCGGACAGUCCUGAAGAACAUUGUCCAUUAUUUUGACAUCUGGCACUUGAAGAAAAGUAAGAGCAAUUCCUACCUACAACAUGUACAAUUUGCUCUGUAGUACAUAGUACUGUAUUAAAUGCACAUGUUUAUUAUUUGUGGGCUCUCAUUACAAGAGGCCUGGACAUUAGCUUUGUUCACUUUUUAUUUCUUGACUUUAUCACCAUAGAUAGGACUUAUUGUAGCUCAUCCAUUUCAUUAAUUAAGUUCUCACGCUGUCGUGCCCUCACAAAUUACCAAAAUAAUGAGAAAAUGCACACAACAUUACAACAAUAAUAACAAGUGAGCAAAGCUAGUGUCCAGGCCUCUUAUAUGAGAGAAUAAUCAGAGCCCACUGAACUAUAAACAUUACUGAAUAACUAAUGAUGUAAUAUAUUAUGCAAUAUGCACUCUAUAUUAUUAUUGUUUAUAUUAAAACUCACACAGGAUAUCACCAUAUGUCUAGCAAAGUGACCUCAUAUGCCCCAGAAAGUAUUGUGAGAGGGGGAUCUGUUUACAAAUAAGUGCUUCUGACCAAUUCUUAUUUUCCUGCAUUUUGUAUUCAUUUUUUCUCACAGAAAUUAGGAAGGUGCUUUCAAAAAUAGCCAAAGAGAAAGACUGUGAGGCAGUAAACGAGUGGAUCAAACCGUGUGAAAACCACCUGCACUGGAGUGCCACCUCGACAUUCAGGGGAAAUGGGCUGGUCAUAUGGGCUAAGUUCAAGUCCUUUUUGAGGCACAUUGUGAACAUCCAUUCAGGUCACAGUGAUCCCCUGUUUGAUAAGUGUGCCCAUGGCAGUGACAUUGAAGCUAGAAAGUGGCUGACCAUUGGUAUGUUAUUGAAGCAUGUGCAUGGCCAAAAGUUCUUGCAUUCAUUGUAUAUUUAUUGUCAUGCAGGUAAAAUGUAAUCAGUUCCCAAUUCAGUUGGAGUUGUGGUUGGAAGGCCCAUCAGACCUACCUAAACUCUAUUAUCCAGGAUCACUCUAGUACAGUACAUGCAUGAAUAGAUAACUGAUGCAGUUCAUGUUUUUUUCUAUAGAUUCACCACUUCAUAAGAAAGUUUGUACUGCACUGACAAACACCCGACUGAUGAAAGGGAUCAAGAAAGCGUCUCCGUUAGCACAGACAAGCUGCUUAGAGGGCUUCCACAGCGUGUUAAAUCACUUUGCCCCAAAGAUGAUUGCAUACUGUUAUGUUGGACAAUAUUGCAGGUUAGAAACUUAA